AUGCUUCACUCGGCCGUAUCAUGCUGGCAGCCGCUCCUGGGUCUGGCUGUGGUGAUCAUCUUCAUGGGGUCCACCAUCGGCUGCCCGGCUCGCUGCGAGUGCUCCGCCCAGAACAAAUCUGUCAGCUGCCACCGCAGGCGCCUGAUUGCCAUCCCAGAGGGCAUCCCCAUCGAGACCAAAAUCUUGGACCUCAGCAAGAACAGACUGAAAAGCGUCAACCCCGAAGAAUUCAUAUCGUAUCCUCUGUUGGAGGAGAUCGACCUGAGUGACAACAUCAUCGCCAAUGUGGAGCCGGGAGCAUUUAACAGUCUCUUCAACCUGCGUUCCCUCCGCCUGAAAGGCAAUCGCCUCAAGUUGGUCCCCUUGGGGGUGUUCACCGGGCUGUCCAACCUCACCAAGCUGGACAUCAGUGAGAAUAAGAUUGUCAUCUUACUGGACUACAUGUUCCAGGAUCUGCACAACCUGAAGUCUCUGGAAGUGGGGGACAAUGACUUGGUUUAUAUAUCGCACCGGGCCUUCAGCGGGCUGCUGAGCUUGGAGCAGCUCACCCUGGAGAAGUGCAACCUCACCGCGGUACCCACGGAGGCCCUCUCCCACCUCCACAGCCUCGUGAGCCUGCAUCUGAAGCAUCUCAGUAUCAACCAUAUGCCUGUGUAUGCCUUUAAAAGAUUGUUCCACCUGAAACACCUGGAGAUUGACUAUUGGCCUUUACUGGACAUGAUGCCUGCCAAUAGCCUCUACGGCCUCAACCUCACCUCUCUGUCGAUCACCAAUACCAACCUGUCCACGGUACCCUUCCUGGCCUUGAAGCACCUGGUCUACCUGACCCACCUGAACCUCUCCUACAACCCCAUCAGCACUAUCGAAGCAGGGAUGUUCUCUGACCUGACCCGCCUUCAGGAGCUUCACAUCGUGGGGGCCCAGCUCCGGGCCAUUGAGCCACACUCCUUCCAAGGGCUCCGCUUCCUUCGCGUGCUCAACGUGUCUCAGAACCUACUGGAAACUUUGGAAGAGAACGUCUUCUCCUCCCCUAGGGCUUUGGAGGUCCUGAGCAUUAACAACAACCCCCUGGCCUGCGACUGCCGUCUCCUCUGGAUCCUGCAGCGGCACCCCACCCUGCAGUUCGGCGGCCAGCAGCCCAUGUGUGCUGGCCCCGACACCAUUCGUGAGCGGUCCUUCCAGGAUUUCCACAGCACUGCCCUUUCCUUUUACUUCACCUGCAAAAAACCCAAAAUCCGUGAGAAGAAGUUGCAGCACCUGCUCGUGGACGAAGGGCAGACGGUCCAGUUGGAAUGCAGUGCGGACGGGGACCCCCAGCCUGUGAUGUCCUGGGUGACGCCCCGAAGGCGUCUGAUCACCACCAAGUCCAACGGAAGAGCUACCGUGUUGGGUGACGGCACCUUGGAAAUCCGCUUUGCCCAGGACCAAGACAGUGGGGUGUAUGUGUGCAUUGCCAGCAACGCUGCUGGGAACGACACCUACACAGCCUCGCUGACUGUGAAAGGAUUCACUUCAGACCGCUUCCUUUAUGCCAACAGGACCCCUAUGUACAUGACCGAUUCCAAUGACACCCUGUCCAAUGGCACCAAUGCCAACACCUUUUCCCUGGACCUUAAAACAAUACUGGUGUCUACAGCCAUGGGCUGUUUCACAUUCCUGGGAGUGGUUUUAUUUUGUUUUCUCCUCCUUUUUGUAUGGAGCCGAGGGAAAGGCAAGCACAAAAACAGCAUUGACCUUGAGUACGUGCCCCGAAAAAACAAUGGUGCUGUCGUGGAAGGGGAGGUGGCUGGACCCAGGAGGUUCAACAUGAAAAUGAUCUGAGGGUCUACCACGCACACUUGGCUCUGUGUCAUUGUCCCGUAGGACAACCUGGCACAGCCGAUUACUAGGUCAAAAGGCAGCUUAGUGCAGCUGCCCCUGUGUCA